GGUGUCUACCGGGCCCAUCUGCUGGGCCCUCACGGCACCAGCAGCAGGUAAGGGGACAACGGGCCGGGGCCGGUGAGCCUUGGCGCUUUGUCCAGCGAUGGUGCUUUAUACAAUACAAGGAUACGAAAUCGAAAUCAACUCACACCCCGCGCCAGCAGUUGUACGUGACAAAACUGUGGUGUGCAUAGACAUACACGUAUGAGACGUACUGCUUGAGGGCUGUCGACGGUAUGAUGAAGGCGGUGUUGCAGCCGAUGGGAAUGGUGUUGAGGGGUCCAUUUCUUACAGUGGAUCGUUGCUGCUCCACUGGGCUGCAUCAGUCCUGGAAGAAGUCACCCUUAACAGGCUCAAAUCUGUUGGCAUCAGCAGGUAGACUGAAGCACCACGCACAAGUUCUUCAAGGAAGCAAGGGUCCUGUGCACGUUGUGCAAAGGCCUUCUCCUGCUAACAGCCAAAUCAGAGGAAGCAGGAGGUUCACAGUGGCAAUGGGGAAUUCAGAGGAAGCAGCAGCAGCAACAAAUGUGGCAUUGAAAGAUACAGGAGCCCCAACCAUUUUUGACAAGAUUGUGAAGAAGGAAAUUCCCUGCACAAGCGUAUAUGAGGAUGACAAGUGUUUGGCUUUCAAGGACAUCAGCCCCCAAGCCCCCGUGCACAUAGUUCUUAUCCCAAAGGAGCGAGAUGGACUAACUCAGCUAUCUAAGGCGGAGGAGCGGCAUAAGGACAUUCUGGGUCAUCUGCUCUAUGUUGCACAGCUUGUUGCGAAACAGCAAGGGCUUGAUGAGGGAUUCCGAAUUGUCAUCAAUGACGGCGCACAAGGAUGUCAAUCAGUGUACCAUUUGCACAUUCACAUCAUUGGCGGCCGGAUGAUGAAGUGGCCACCUGGCUAAUAUAAUAUAUCUUCACGACGCUGAAUCUGUUGGUGUUCCUAGUGAGGGAGUGUCUUGGGUGGUCACAGACGUAGUGCAUAUGUGCACAGGGACUUGGGUUAUGAAUCAUUCCUAGCUUAUUUGUAGCAAGAACCCACUGUUUGGGGUCUGUGUGGGUCCCGCUGCCCCUGCCAUCAAGGCUUUGCGAGCAUGGUUUUUUGCUAUUUUGGACUCUGGGGGGGGUGACAACUGUGCAAGUAGGAAAAAAUAGUGGGAAGAAGGUUGUUUAUGGGUUGCGGAGGGGGGGCAAUUCUCUCUUUUAUCGGUAUCAGAUACUAUCAGUAUGAUGGAGUCUGGUUUGAUUGUUGGUCGGCCAUUCGUCUAAGAGUUGCCUCUUUGUUGCUUUGUCUUUUGUUUUGCAUUGAUUGGCUUGCAUGGCGAGUUAAUAUGCGAUAUCU